UUGCUUAACAAAUAAUAGGUCUGCAGCACAAAAACAUGGCCGCUCUAAGGAUUUGUCUGCUAACAAGACUUCCAAAGCAAGUCUUGUCCCGGAGGCAAUGCUCAAACAAGCCAGCCAUCGGUGGCACAGGCACAAAGCUAGCGUCGCUCAAGCGGGGCUCUGGGGGAAGGAGCUCCUUCAGCGGACUCGUGUGCACAGUCUUUGGAGCGUCGGGAUGCCUGGGUCGUUUCCUGGUCAACAAGCUGGGCAAGAUUGGCACCCAGCUUGUCUUACCAUCAAGGACGAACCUUUACUAUAUGCAACGAUUGAAGCUUUGUGGCGACCUAGGCCAGGUCCUGUUUACGUCAUUCAACCUCAAAGAUGAACUGAGCAUUGCCAAGGCAAUGAAGUACUCCAACGUGGUCAUCAACUUGAUUGGAAAAGAUGUAGAGACUAGCAACUUCCCAUUCAGCGAAGUCCAUGUCAAAGGUGCAGAAAGGAUUGCUCGCAUCGCUAGAGAGAGUGGUGUACAAAAGCUAAUCCACUUCUCUGCUCUCAAUGCUACGGAGAAUCCCAAGCCCAUCAUCAAGUUUGGAGGGUCAAAAUUCUACGCCAGUAAGUGGCUUGGAGAGCAGGUGGUCAGGGAAGCAUUUCCUGGAGCCAUAAUUUUUCGUCCUGCAGACAUGUACUCACAUGGAGACAACUUCCUGCGAUACUAUGUGUCCAACCUGCGCAGGAACUGGACAUACAUGCCUGUGUGGAAGAGGGGCAAAGGGAUCAUCAAGCAGCCUGUAUACACGGGGAAUGUAGCCGAAGGUGUGGUCAAUGCCAUCUUUGAAGAUGGUAACGAAGGCGAGAUCUACCAGGCUGUGGGGCCCCGUCGUUAUGAGCUGGGGGAGCUGAUCGACUACAUGUUCAGAGUUAUGCGAAGAGAAAAGGAAGUUGGAUACAUUCGUUACGACAUGCGCUUUGACCCCUUUUUCUUGUUGCGUGUGCAGUUUCUUGAGAUGGUUGGCUUCAAGUAUCCACGCCUGUCAUGGGAAAGGUUGGAAAGGGAGCACACAUCGGACAUGGUGUGUUACGAGCACCCAACUCUAGAGGACCUCAAGGUGGCGCUCACCUACGUGGAGGACAGAUUCCCAUUCGAGCUCAAGUACUACCGUGAAGCUGCAUACUACGACCCUGAAAUUGCCCAGUUUGAGAAAGUCAGGCCUCCGCCCGUUAUUCUUGAUUGAAAUCCAUGUGGCUGGCUGUCAGCUCUGGUGUAGAAAUUACAUACCUGCAAAUAAAGAAGACUUUUGCUGA